GGGUAAAUUUGAGCGAUUUAUUUGUUUGGGUCGUGAUGGGAUUAAACGGGUAAACGGUGGGAGAACCAAACUAUAACCCGAGGGUUUGGCUUAAAAAAUGGGGUCGGUCUCCAUUUUUCGUCUAAAAUUGCUUUGUUCUGCGCAGCAGGCACAGAAGAAGAAGCUACUGUAAAAACCUCAGAGAGAGAGACAGAAGAGAGAGAGAGAGAGGAUGAAGAUAGAAGAGGUACAAUCGCAAACAAAGAAGCAGAGAAUAGCUACCCACACUCACAUCAAAGGCCUAGGUCUUGAGUCGAAUGGAAAAGCAGUACCUUUGGCUGCUGGGUUUGUGGGUCAGGCCUCAGCUAGAGAAGCUUCAGGGCUUGUUGUUGAUAUGAUACGCCAAAAGAAGAUGGCUGGAAAGGCUCUUCUACUUGCCGGACCUCCUGGGACCGGGAAGACAGCUCUUGCUCUUGGCAUAUCUCAGGAGCUUGGUAGCAAGGUACUUUCUACACAUUCUCAUAUUACUACUAUUGUUUUUCUUGUUUUGCUCUUAAUUUGAUCUUUUUAAUUCACU